AUGGACGGGCACGGGUUAGCCAUGGAACAGGACCUGAAGGCCGUCCUGCAGGAGCACCGGGCGGAGCUGCUGGCGCGUUUGGACGACUGGCUGGAGCGCCUCGAGCUCCGUGCGGGCCACGUGAGUACGGAGUCGCAGAGUCGCCCCGACUCGGUGCCCCAGGAGAUGCUGGACGAGUUCAAGUUGGUGGUCGGAGGCCCCCCCCCAGAGCUCAAACGGAACACCUCGAAUACUUCCGACCUGAAUGUGGCAGACAUGCCCGAAAACCUCGGUUCGAAGAGGAGGGUGUCCAGAUCUUCAGGGGGGCUCAGCAGCUAUGAGCUGGCAAAGAUGGCGCACCACAACAUAGUAGACACCUUCCGGAAGACGCAGACAAUGAGCUCGAUGGAAAUGCCAGUCAAGAGCAUGCGCCAAAGCUGCCAGGAUCACGCGAGCACCAUUGUGAAUAGCCAGUGGUUCAGCAUGUUCUUCGGCAUGAUGGUGGUGAGCAAUUCCGUGCUGAUCGGCGCAAGCCUGCAGAUGCAAACCUCACAAGGCGAAGCGUUCUCCGCGCAUCAGCCCCUCAAGAUCUUGAACAUAAUCUAUGCAGCCCUCUUCACUGUGGAGGCUGUGCUGCGAUUCGCGGCGCAAGGCUUCUGGGGCUACGUCUGGACCGGCGACGACUGGUCCUGGAAUUGGCUCGACAUUUUCGUGGUGGUGUCCUCCUGGGUUGAGCUGGCCUCUGGCCUGAUCACCCAAGAGGGAGACAACACGCUCGGUGCGGCCAACACCAACUUGCGCGUCUUCCGCCUGCUCCGCGUGGGGCGCAUGGUCCGAGUAAUCCGCAUUGUGCGCGUUGUGAAGUUCUUCCGCUCACUCAGGACUUUUGUGCAGUCCUUGGUCGGCACCCUCAAGGCGCUGUUUUGGGCGCUCGUCCUGCUGUUGCUCAUCAUUUACAUCUUUGCGAUCAUCUUCACCGACACUGUUUGGAGUCAGAGCGUUGGCCAACGGGACGAGCGCUUGGACCGGUACUUUGGGACCCUGUAUGUUUCAAUGGUCACGUUGUUCCGCUCCAUCUCGAACGGUAUCCAGUGGGAUGAGCCAGCCGACGCUCUUGGAAGCGUGGAGGGCGGAUUUUUCUGGGUUCAGGCGUUCCACUUUUACAUUGCCUUCUGCAGUUUUGCUGUUCUCAAUGUGCUGACUGGCGUUUUCUGCAACAGUGCUAUACGAGCUGCGGAACAAGAUCAUGAGAUGCGGAUCAUGACGCUGGUGCAGACACGGAAGGAUUUGCGCGAGCAGGUGAACAGCCUCUUCCACAUGAUGGAUCAGGAGGGCCGUGGGGCGGUGACCAUCACAGAUCUUGAGAGACACUGGCACGACGAAGCCGUGAUGGCGUUCUUCAGAUCCAUGGAGAUGGAAGCUAUGGACGCUUGGACCCUCUUCAGUUCUCUAGAUGUGGACGGAGACAUGAGUAUAGGGGUGGACGAGUUCGUGGAGCGAUGCCUCCAGCUCAGCGGCCCAGCGCGGUCCACGGACCUUUUCGCGCUGCGCCAGCAGACGGAGAAGUUGGCGAAGCAGCUCCGCCGGAUCCAAAACGACUCCCACUCAUCUCCACGAUGA